AUGAGGAAGAGUGAGGUGCCACAGAACCUACAGGUUUACUGUGAAAGGUCCAUGAGGACCAGUGAGGUGCCACAGAACCUACAGGUUUACUGUGAAAGGUCCAUGAGGAAGAGUGAGGUGCCACAGAACCUACAGGUAUACUGUGAAAGGUCCAUGAGGACCCGUGAGGUGCCACAGAACCUACAGAUUUACUAUGAAAGGUCCAUGAGGACCCGUGAGGUGCCACAGAACCUACAGGUUUACUAUGAAAGGUCUAUGAGGAAGAGUGAGGUGCCACAGAACCUACAGGUUUACUAUGAAAGGUCCAUGAGGAAGAGUGAGGUGCCACAGAACCUACAGGUUUACUAUGAAAGGUCUAUGAGGAAGAGUGAGGUGCCACAGAACCUACAGGUUUACUAUGAAAGGUCUAUGAGGAAGAGUGAGGUGCCACAGAACCUACAGGUUUACUAUGAAAGGUCCAUGAGGAAGAGUGAGGUGCCACAGAACCUACAGGUUUACUAUGAAAGGUCCAUGAGGAAGAGUGAGGUGCCACAGAACCUACAGGUUUACUAUGAAAGGUCUAUGAGGAAGAGUGAGGUGCCACAGAACCUACAGGUUUACUAUGAAAGGUCCAUGAGGAAGAGUGAGGUGCCACAGAACCUACAGGUUUACUGUGAAAGGUCCAUGAGGAAGAGUGAGGUGCCACAGAACCUACAGGUUUACUGUGAAAGGUCCAUGAGGAAGAGUGAGGUGCCACAGAACCUACAGAUCAACUGGCGGUCAGUGGCCUUGAGUGGUGCGACUUUGUGA